CAGUACUAUCUGAUGACCCUUGAACAUUCUUUGAAUCACAUGUAACUUAUGGUUCUUCAAAGCUUUAAAUUAUAGUUGGACAGCCCCAGGUCAAAUCUUACCCCACAUCACCUCGCGAGCAUGGCACCAUCCCGUCCUCAAGUCCGCAUACAGACAGAUCCGCCUGAAGUCCUGGAUGUAUCAAACUCGAUCAUGGAAGCAGAAAGGGUCCAGCGCUCGACGUCCUACGGGCAGUCAAACGAGGACCAGGAUGGAAAAACGACGAGCGAAACAGAGAAGGACGUCGAUGGUUCUUCUGAUAAUGUGGCAGAUGACUCGAAGAAGCAGCCAACAGCGAGGCAGAAGAUCAAGCUGCCGCAGAGCUUGCAAUGGAUACCCUCUAACUCUACUUGGUCCAAAUGGAAACCCGUCAUUCGAAGCGCCCUUUCAGCCUGGAUCACAGUGGUAGUGUUUGUUAUUCCUCGAACAGAGAAUCUACUGGGACAGGCAGCCUUCCUUAUCGUAAUAGCUUCAUUUUUGUCGCCGCCUAGCGAGCCUUUCAUGGUAGUUCUGGAACGUGAACUCCUCAUACUCACGUUUGUGCUAUUGGGUUGGGGCUGGGUCUGCUUGGGCCUCAUGUUUGCCAACUUAGCUCGCACACAAACGCUACCCGACGCUAGUCUACAGACUAUCAUCACAGGGGCGUAUAUCGAAGCAGCGCCCAAUGUAAUCCUAGGCGUUUUCCUCUUCAUCGCAAGUGUUUUCUUCCUGUACAUCAAAGCUCGACAAGGCCCUGGUCCUUUCCUCUUCGCUGCCGUGUUUGGAUGUAUAUGUGUUGACAUUUCCUUUACUACCGCCGCUCUCUUUCCUUAUCCAUACUACACGAUUGGUCAAAUGAUUGUUCUUCCCUUGGUCUUUCAUUCUGCGAUCGCACUCACUACGUCGAUUCUGGUGUUUCCACAGUCUGUGUCCGCUCUAUUUACGACGUGCUUGCAGGGGGCCAUCGCCCCUCUUGCAAAGGUCAUAUCAUUGCACAGGUCUCAUCUCCUCGAGGACGUUACCUCAUCCGCGUUCUCCUACACAGAGAUUACAGCUGCAGCAAACAAAGCUGAGGAUGCGAUGCCUAUGCUCGCAGCUGUCGCUCGAUUGCUGAAAAUCGAUAUCGUCUACGCGCGCUUCGCACCUACCGAUUAUGACGAAUUGCAUAACAUCGUGCGGAAGCUCACGGUACGAGCGAAUGGCAUGAGUGUAUAUUAUACACUCAUCGAUCCGACGCGGGAGAGAUUCCCUGUCACGCCCGCUGCCUCCCUCCCGGGAACGCCUGUACGCUCCAGACAAGGUUCUCCUCGGCCUGAUCGGCGGACCCCUAUUGGGACAGAAGAGAAGCACGCGCCGUUUUCUAACCAUGAACUCAGAGAUCGCAAACAAUCCCGCCACCACCAGCGGCCAUCUUCCCGCCCACGGUCGUAUCCUGCGAGUUCCACCUCACCCCUCCAUUUGCACCGUUAUAAGCACUCGCAUUCGCACCACGCUCACCACACGCUCUUGCACAGCUCCUUGUUGCACUUGGCGCUUUCUCGGGCACCCAAGCGCACUGGGGAAACAGCAGUAGGUGUGUUUGAGUCGCAGAAAUACUUGAAUUUGGAGGCGAUACAUCUGUCUCAUCCGGAAUCGGCUUUCUUUACCGCUCGGGCGACGGAGCUACUCAGUAACAGCUGCCAGGAUCUCCUGGGCGUGUGUGAGGAAGUACUUGUAAGCUCUGGGGCCUGGACAGGUAGUGUUAGGAAGCAUCGCUUCAAUUUUUGGAGGGGGCGCGAUGAAGACAGGGAUCAAAUUCACAAGAAAGAAGUACAAAAGUACGAGGAUUUGCUCGCAAAGUUAACUAAGGUGCUAGAUGAAUUCACAACCAAGAAGAGGUUGAUUGUUUUGGACCCAUACCGUCCAAUGUUCGACCCCAGCUAUGAUGCAUCGAGUGACGAUGAAGUUCCUCCGCACCGGUUUCUAUUCCAUUGCUAUGUAUACCAGUACCACCUCUUGCGGUUUGCUAUGCUAUCACAAGACCUGCUUAAAGAAAUUAUUCGACUCGAAACGGAAAGAAAGAAGCCCAAAAUAUGGCUUCCUUCGUUGCCGAAGUUGUUUGCGUGGACAACAUGGGAAGCGUCCGAGACCAUGGUACAGGAAGGCGACGAUGAGGAUCCUGAAAUGAUCCCAGGCAUAGACCCUGCUUGGAUGACGGACCUCGGAAAGGCGGUGAAACGCGAUCCUGAUGCCCUUCCUCCAGGGAAUGUACUCGAAAUAGCCAUGAACUGGAUUUACCGCGCUGCCAUUGGCAUCGGAGGUGGAAACGUGCUCUUCGCCUUGAAAGCGGGAGCGUUAACGGUGAUCCUUUCUAUCCCGUCUUUCCUCAAGUCAUCUGCAAAUUAUGCAUACAUGAACAAGUUUGUUUGGGCGGUCUUCAUGGGUCAGCUUACCAUAGCGCGUUUUCGCGGAGACACGACAUUCGGUCUAGUAGCUAGGAUCGUGAGUACCUUUGCUGGCUGUUUGAUUGGCACAGUCAUGUGGUAUAUUUCUGCAGGGAAUGGCCGAGGUAAUCCUUAUGGACUGGCAGCUGUGUCUGCAGUCUGCUUCCCGGCAAUUUUCUUUGCUCGAUUGUACUGGCCCAUCCCACCCAUGACUAAUUUGAUUAUAUGGGUCACAUCGGCAUUGGUCGUGGGGUAUUCAUAUGAAGACACUCAUUUGACUGUUGCUUCGUCGCCAGGGUGGGGUAUUGAUGUGGCUUGGCGCCGUUUCGUAUUAGUCGUCGUUGGUGUCCUAGCUGCUGGUAUUUUCUCUCUCUUCCCUCCGUCAACAACGAUUCGUUCGUAUCAGCGGCGAACGCUGGCUACAACAUCGGCCGAACUUGGAUCGAUCUACUGUUCGGUUGUGUCUUACGCGAACGCAGGCGUAGAAAAAGAAGACUCCACCAUCAUAAUUCGGAGCCUGUUAGCCAUCCGCAGCAAACUCAAGCGCUCACUCGUGCUGAAAGCGAACGUCAUAUACGAGUUUUCGCUGCGCGGAAAAUGGCCUGCUGAGAGAUAUCAAAAGAUAUUGGAGAUGCAAUUGCAAAUUGCGUACCAAUUGUGCCAUUUGAUGUCCAUAGUGCAGCAUCUGGAACCUGCAUGGGCUCAUGCCUUCCUUCGCCGGACGCGGAUGCUUGAUUCGGAUUUCCAAGGCGAUGUACUUGCUGUCAUCAGUCUUAUCUCCAAUGCACUGCGCACAGGCUCCCCAUUGCCUCAAAUUACCCCAUGUCCAUUACUUGACAGGUUCAUGAUCAGGCACCACGGUUUGAACGUAGUGCAUGAAGAGUCGGAAGAUAAUUAUGGAUUACCGCGGACGCUCACUGCGGAAACAUUGGAGAACCUGCAGUACCUGACAUUCUGCGUUGGCGUUUCCACCGCUUUUGGAAUUAUCACUCGACUCGAUCGGUUGAUGGUUGCUGUUAAAGAGCUGGUUGGGGAGCAGUAUCAUAUUGAUGGUGUGGGGAUGGGGCAUCACAGAACGUGGACGGGCGUAGAGAUGACGUCGCCGACGAUGUCUGUGAGAGCGACAGAAGUUUGAGGCGUUGAUUUGUUCGAGUUUAACUAUCUAGGAAUAUGUAAUUUGUGUAUCAGUAAGUGCGCACAGACCAGUAUGACCUAUUCGAUUAGUCCAUGGAGGAAGUCAAAACCUUGACGUACUCCACAUACUCCAC